AGAGGGGAAAACAACACCAGUAUGUAACAGUGUUUAUAGAUCAUCCACAAACAGAAGGAAAGAGAAGACCUGCCAUUUAAAGAAAAAAAAAAGUGCUGCAUAUACAAAUCCUCAAUCAGCGGGAAUGGCAUUAACAAAGGAUUCAUUUGAACGGAUUAAGUGGCUUAUCACAGCUGCCUGGUGGCUGCUGAUUGUUUUUUCAGGUCAAGGAAUUGAUGGGGGAGGAUAUGCUUAUAUUGAUCCAUGUGGGGGACAGGAUUGUUCAGUUUGUCGGUGCUUUCCAGAGAAAGGAUCAAGGGGUCAGCCUGGUGAUCUGGGAGCUCAAGGUCCAAUUGGGGCCUUGGGAUCUACAGGACCAGCUGGUCUGCCAGGGGAGAAAGGACAGAGAGGUGAGAAUGGGAGGCCUGGGCCAGCUGGAGAAAAAGGUGAUAAGGGCCCAACUGGAGUCCCAGGAUUUCCUGGUUUAGAUGGUGUUCCUGGCCUCCCAGGAAUGGAAGGACCCAGAGGCAAGCAUGGUUUGGAUGGCUGCAAUGGCUCAAGGGGAGACCCAGGAUUUCCAGGAGAAAACGGUUAUAUGGGACCAAGAGGUCCUUAUGGAAUUCCAGGGCAGAAAGGAGAAAAAGGAAAUUCAGUGUAUAUUUCACAUUUUGGAAAAGGACUUCCAGGAGAGAGAGGUGAUCCUGGACCCCCUGGCAUGCCUGGACCUAGAGGGUCAAGAGGUACAACGGGCCCAUCUGGAUACCCAGGCCAUCCAGGCUUGCCUGGUAUUCCAGGUUACCCUGGUUUACCAGGUGAACAGGGAAAUCCAGGGAUUGGAGUGGAUGGACAAAAGGGGGAGCCGGGCGACAUCGGACUGCCUGGGCCGCCUGGGUUACCGCUGUUAGUUGGACCUCCUGGAGCUCAGCUGUUCAAAGGACAAAAGGGCCAAAAAGGAUUACCUGGGGUAACAGGAGACAGAGGGCCACGUGGACCCAAAGGCAUACUUGGGAGAGGAGAAAAGGGUGAAAAAGGCCUUCCUGGAUUCCCUGGAUUGCAGGGUCAUCCUGGUUCUUAUGGACCUGCAGGUUUUCCUGGAAUGAAGGGUGAAACAGGAUUUGCUGGUUUUCCUGGACAACCUGGCUAUCCAGGCAUACAGGGGGAUCCAGGAGAGAAAGGGCCCCCAGGUCCUCCUGGAGCUGUUGGAACUCCACUGCCUCCUGUAAAAGGCCCACGAGGAGAUCCUGGAUUUCCAGGUCCUGUUGGUGAAAUGGGGUCAGUUGGACCAAUUGGUCCUUCAGGCCUUGUAGGAAGACCAGGAUAUGAUGGAACAAGUCUUCCUGGCCUGCCAGGAGUAAGUGGGGAACCAGGACCUCAAGGUUUUCAAGGGGACCCUGGUUUGCCUGGAAUAGGUGAAUUAAUCCCAGGAAGACCAGGAUUUCCUGGACCACCAGGCCUACCAGGGCAGCCAGGAAGACAAGGCUUACCUGGACUACCCAGUGUAAUCUGUACUGAUAGAGGGAUCCCUGGAGAACCUGGAGCAAAAGGUCAGAUAGGCCUUCCAGGAAGAAAAGGUGCAAAAGGAGAGAAGGGAAGUCAAGGCCUCUGCUCAUGUAGUGCUGGUCCUCCUGGUCCCCGUGGUGUGCAAGGACCUCCAGGUACUCAAGGAAGGAAAGGACAAAUGGGAUACCCUGGAAGACAUGGAGAAAAGGGUGACCCAGGCUUAUCUGGUGCAGUGGGACCACCAGGGCUCCCUGGGACUCCUGGUUCUGCUGGACAGCAUGGGGAAAAAGGAGAGAGGGGUGAUCCAGGAAGAGUUAGAAUAAAAGGAUUAAAAGGUGAAAGAGGACCUGCUGGGCUUCCAGGAUUUCCAGGCCAAAGAGGUCUUGAUGGCAGAGAUGGGGAAUUAGGAUUACCAGGGGAAAAAGGAGCUGAGGGUGAUUCUGGAGUAGCAAUUCCGGGUGAGAAAGGAUUCCCUGGGCUCCCAGGACCUCCUGGGGUAAAAGGCCAGAUGGGAUUGCCUGGUUUGGGGCUUCCUGGGCCUCCAGGAGCCAGAGGUAGCCCCGGAGACCUUGGUGAUACGGGUGAUAUUGGGCCACCUGGUCCAAAAGGCCAGAAAGGUGAAACUGUCUGCAUUACAUCACCAUAUCCUGGAAAUCCAGGUCCCCCGGGUUUUAAAGGUGUUCAAGGACAAAAGGGUUUAAAAGGACUCCCUGGGCAUCCUGGACCAAAUGGCUUUGAUGGGCAAAAAGGCCAUCGAGGAAGGCCAGGAGCAGGAAUCCCUGGGCCAGAAGGCUUUAGAGGCACAGCUGGUGAUCCUGGUGAUGAAGGUGAAAGAGGAGCUACAAUUGAUGGCAAAAAUGGCCUUCCAGGUCCACCUGGCACAGAUGGUCAGAAGGGUCUCCCAGGUGACACCACAUAUGGCCCUCCAGGAAUCCCAGGCAACAGGGGACUGCCAGGACCCCCUGGUGCUCAGGGAGCAAGGGGCAAUCCAGGCAUUCCUGGACUUCAAGGACAACCUGGCACCCCAGGAUUUCCAGGUGCCAAAGGUUUUAGAGGCCCAGAAGGUGAUAUAGGAGCACCAGGCUGUCCAGGCUUCCCUGGCUCACCAUGUGUCCCAGGCUUACCAGGACCACCUGGACUCAGAGGUGUCAUGGGCCUGCCAGGACCUCAAGGCUUGCCAGGCUUUAAAGGUCAGAGGGGAGACAGGGGCCUGGCUGGGUCACCUGGAAUCAAAGGUCUCAAAGGCUCUCUGGGCUCACGAGGUCUCCCAGGUCCUCCAGGCACACGAGGUCCCCCAGGGCUUCCAGGCAAUAAUGGACCCAUUGGCUUCCCAGGAGAAACAGGAAGCAAAGGCAUUCAAGGACCCCAGGGAUUCCCAGGACUUCCAGGAAUACAAGGCCCAAUGGGAAUCCUUGGUGUAAAAGGUGAAGAAGGAAAAAUGGGUCUACCUGGGCCUAGUGGAGAAUGUGGAGAUAUGGGAAUAAAAGGUGAAAGGGGGCCACCAGGAGACAGCGGCUGUGUUAACCUCCGUCUUGAGAAAGGACAAAUGGGGGACCCAGGGUAUCCUGGUGAGCAUGGAUUGAGAGGUGAAAGAGGUGAAAAAGGUAAUACUGGUUUCAGAGGAACACGAGGAUUUCCAGGGAAGAACGGUGUUCCAGGACUGCCAGGUGACCAAGGAGACACUGGAGUGAUGGGGUUUCCAGGAUCACGGGGUUUGCCUGGACCAAAGGGCCUUCAAGGAAUUACAGGUUUUCAAGGAGAACCAGGUGACCAGGGUGAUACUGGCUUACCAGGAAACCCAGGAUAUCCAGGACUGACUGGCCCCAAAGGAUGUAAAGGCAAGAGAGGUGACCCAACUCCUCUGCUUGGCACACACGGUCAGAAAGGGCCUCCGGGAGAUCCAGGAUUGCCAGGACUCCGUGGAUUUCCAGGGGAGAAGGGUUUACCAGGUAUCCAAGGACAGCCUGGAAGACCAGGAUCCAAGGGUGACCCUGGAUAUCCAGGGCUACCUGGAUUACCAGGGGCUACAGGUCCUCAAGGAUUGCCAGGAGAACCUGGAGAAAAAGGGAAACCUGGAAUUUUGGGACCUCCAGGAUUGCAAGGGUUGCCUGGAUUCCAAGGCAGAAAAGGUCUUCCUGGACUGCCUGGACUGGAUGGCUUGGAUGGACUAAAAGGUCAAAAGGGUUCUGCAGGAGCUCCAGGUCAGAGUGAGACAGGGCCCCCAGGAUACUCAGGAGAAAUUGGACCAAAAGGAGACAGAGGUGAACCUGGAUGGCCUGGUAUUUCUAUUCCAGGCUCCCCUGGAGAAAGGGGAUUUCCAGGAUUUCCAGGUAGAAGAGGACCUGUUGGACCCACUGGACCUAUGGGAAGAUCUCCUGAUAGUGCUUCCCCUGGUCCUCCAGGUGAUCAAGGAUUACCUGGUUUAGACGGCAUCAGAGGUAUUAAAACUAAAAAUACCAACUUUUAUCAUAAAAAAAAAACAAUCUUUGUGCGAGGAGAUCCAGGUGAUACUGGCAUUCGAGGGGCACCAGGUAAUCCUGGGCCACGAGGACAACAGGGAGCCAAAGGCCCUCCAGGGAGCCAAGGAAGAGAAGGCCCAAAGGGUCCUAUGGGGGUCCAUGGCCCACAGGGUCCACCUGGUGCUUCAGGACAACCAGGAGACCAAGGUUUUCCAGGAAGACCUGGUCCCAGAGGUCCCACAGGUUUCAUAGGUGACCCCGGUGAGCCAGGAAAGAUAGAUGAUUCAUGCCCUACAAUCCCAGGGCCUCCUGGGGAAGCAGGGCAAAGAGGAGAGGAUGGCUCUGCAGGAUUACCAGGGCCAAUAGGCCACCCUGGACCCCAAGGCAUAAAAGGUGAAGAAGGAUCGUGUGGCCUGCCAGGUCAAGAUGGGUUACCUGGGGCACCUGGACCACCAGGUGACCAAGGGAGCCGAGGAGAGCAAGGAUAUGCUGGGCCACAAGGUCCACCUGGCCAGACUGGUGUUCCAGGACAACCAGGCCCCCAGAUUAGAUCUGCAAGUGGAUUCUUGCUUGUCCUUCACAGUCAGUCAGACAGAGAACCACUCUGCCCACAGGGGAUGCCAAAGUUAUGGACUGGCUAUAGUCUGCUGUACCUGGAAGGACAAGAGAAAGCCCAUAACCAAGAUCUCGGUCUGGCAGGAUCCUGCCUGCCUGUGUUUAGUACCAUGCCAUUUGCCUACUGCAACAUCAACCAGGUGUGUUACUAUGCCAGCCGCAAUGACAAGUCCUACUGGCUGUCCAGCGCUGCUCCGCUGCCGAUGGCGCCGCUGUCCGAGGAGGAGAUCCGGCCGUACAUCAGCAGAUGUGCUGUGUGUGAGGCCCCAGCACAGGCAGUGGCACUGCACAGCCAGGACCAGACCAUUCCUCCCUGCCCACUCAACUGGAGGAGCCUUUGGAUAGGAUACUCUUUUUUGAUGCACACUGGAUCUGGUGACCAGGGUGGUGGACAGUCCCUUAUGUCACCCGGAAGCUGCCUGGAAGACUUCAGAUCAGCACCAUUCAUUGAGUGCCAGGGCCAGCGAGGAACGUGUCAGUUCUUUGCUAAUGAAUACAGUUUCUGGCUGACCACCGUGAUGCCUGAGCUGCAGUUUGCAUCAGCCCCCCUGUCAGGGACGCUUAAAGAAGGACAGGAGCAGAGGAAAAAAAUCAGUCGAUGCCAGGUAUGCCUGAAGCACGGCUAAGAAACAAACCAAAAGCAGGCAGCUACAGAGAGAGGCUCGCAGGAGGAUGAGCAACUUGCUAAAGGUUUAAACAGCAGCUCGUGUUUGAAUCUGUGUGAAAGUGUGCAGCACUGUUCUCUUUGUUGGAGUGGAAAAAUGAGACAAAGAUGAGGGAUCUGUUGAGCCUCAUCCACCCAUGUACACACAUACACAAGCAGUAAAAUCUGGUGUAAAAUAAU